AUGCAUAAGAAAUAUCUGAUAGCAACAUGUACGGGCACUCUCAUCUCGAGAUCAGUCAUCAUAACGGCAGGCCAUUGUGCUGGAGAAGACAAAGAGCUGAUUUUCAAAGAGGUGAAAUUCUUGCGACAAACAUCCAGUGGACCAACUCCGUACUUGACAUUGCCGGCUACUUCGAAACUUUUCACAAAAGUCGAUCCUGAUGAAUAUUUCCUUGAACAUCGAGUACUGAAGGACGACGAGAAUGCUUAUGCGGACAUCGCACUGUUUGCGCUAAACUAUUCGCUGCCAGUCUGUAAUGAUGAUGCCAAUGAUUAUGCAGUACUUAGAUUACCAAUUGCAAAUAUUAACGAUUCAAAAUGGAUUCCUGAAAAUGGAUCAAUUUCGGAUUGCCGAAUGUUGGGAUUCGGCGCCUAUGAAAACGGACUUCAGGGUGAGACUCUUCGAGUACUGCAGCUCUCGCUGAGAGAUCAUCAAACGGUUUUGUACACACAGGCGUUACCGGGACAAGAAUACGGAAGAGCUUAUGAUAAACAACAAGCGAUUAGGUUAGAAUCUCUCCAGUACUGGCAUCUUCUAAAAUUUUCAAAAGCCAUUUUAACACACAACAUUCAGGCCGAUUCUGGUGGACCGGUAAUGUGUGAACUUGACAAUAAUGGACCUCGUUUGAUUGGCAUUACCUCAUUCUCGUUCAAAGAAUUAUACGAGGAUCGACGUCGAUGCUUUGCAGAAAGACGCCCGAUGAUGUACGACGUAUAUGUGAACGUUCGCAGAGUGCUACCAGUGAUUCGGAGCGGCCUGGAGGCGAUCGGCAAAUUGGACGAAUUUAUUGAAGAUUUCAAUAAGUGCUCCCGUCAAUGA